GGGCAGCGGUGUUACCAGAAGUUAAAAAUGGCGGACGAAAUUCAUCGUCAAAUAACCUUGGUAUAAGUUUCUCGAACUUGUGAAAGUGGAUGAACGAAGUAUGGUAUCGGUUCAUGAUAAUGCUGUGGUGAUACCUGGGGAAAGAUUAGGAAGUUUUAAACAAUAUGAAGCAGGAAAUGGAACUUAUACUCGCCAUGGAUAUGUGUAUGCUAGUCUUGCUGGUUACAAACAGUUGCAAAACCAAGAGAGUGUAGAGAAACCUAUCAUACACAUCAUUAGAGAAGAGGAAAAGCACAUAGUGCCAGAAGUUGGUUCAGUCGUCACAUGCAAGGUGACGAGCACAAACCCAAGGUUUUGCAAAGUAGCAAUUCUUGGUGUAGAGACAACUUCUUUAAAAGAGCCUUUUAAAGGAACAAUCAGAAAAGAAGAUGUCCGGGCAACCGAGAAGGACAGAGUUGAAAUGUACAAGUCCUUCCGCCCUGGUGAUAUAGUACUGGCCAAAGUACUGACUCUUCAUACCCAAACAUAUCUUCUUUCAACUGCUGAAAACGAACUUGGAGUCAUUUUUGCCAAGAGUGAGAGUGGUGCUGCAAUGGUGCCAGUCAGUUGGUGUGAGAUGCAAUGCCCCAAAACAAGAGCAAAGGAACACAGAAAGGUUGCAAAGAUUCAGCAAGCAUCUUGAUAAAUCAACAAAUUUAUAAACAUUCAGUAUUUUGCCUCAACUAUGGGAUGGAUUCAUAGGGACUGAAUUUCUUCAAGUUACAUUUUUGGAGAGGGGAAAAACAAGGGAAAAUUGUUUUCAAAAGCAAAAAAAUUUUUUAGACUAAAAAAUUGUCAUCAGGAACAAGCAGCCAGAAAAACUUCUGAUAGACUACAACAGAAAAAAAAUUGUUUAACUUUAUUUUUUUUGCAUUCUCUCUCGAAAAAAAUUGUCAGUCCCCUAUGCAACCACCUGGAUUCACUUGGGGUGACACGUCAGAGAAGAGCAGGAAAUGACUCCUUAGUAAUAAAGUUACUAUGGGAAAGUUACACCAACAAGAUAUUAAAGUGCUUUAACAAUGUUA